UCCUUACUUUCGGUUUAGAACUUUUUACUUUUCUUGAAGGCGUUGAGUCAGCGCAAAACAAGUAAACAGGUUAACAUUUCAUUCAUUACCCUCAUCCAAAAUAGAAAGUUUUGUUGGUGCAACCUACGACAUCAUUAUUCGUGUUAAUCUAAAGGAUUACCACUGAAGGGUAAUCAUACAUGAAUUAUUCUUUGCUAGGUUUACAAUGCGUCCGCGUAGGAAGCCUGCAUCAGCUCCACUCCCCGUUCCUGAUAGCUCGAACAGUGCAGCAAUGGAUGGUGAUACUGAAGAAAUGAGUGAUGUAAAUGAGUCAAGUGGAGACCAAAAUGUUGAUGAUCAGAUUCAUUCAACCGAUACUCAUUCAUCAGUCAAUGAUGAUGACAAUGAUGAUAAUGAUGGUGACGAUGAUGAUGAUGGUGAAGAAGACAAUGAUUCUGACGAGAGCUCUGAUCUUGUGGACUCAGAUAGUGAUUCUGACGACAUGCACGCUAUGCUUGAUUACUCCUCAGAUGAAGCCUUAGACAACACAGAAGCUAUACCAGUGCCACUACCUGAUGAGUUAGCUGAGCUAGCUGCAGGUCGUGAUGAUGGAGAAGGAAAUGGAGAUGAUGAUGAUGUAGUGCAAGCAAUAUUACGUGCUCGCGAGAAACAUCGCAACCAUCCUCCAGCGAUUGAAUGUGAGGAUGGUGUUUCAUCCCUUUCAUUCCACCCUGAGGAGCAGCUCAUUGCUAUAGGAACUUUCACUGGAGACGUUCUAGUAUAUGGAUACUCAGAUGAGGCAUGUGAACUCAAAUAUACUCAUGAACUACAUAUGAAAUCAAUUCGUGAUGUUGAAUUCAGUAAAGAUGGCAAGAGCCUAAUAUCCUGCUCCAAAGACAAGUCUAUCUUAAUGGCUGAUGCUGAAACAGGGAAGCUCACCCAACUUUGGGAUCAAGCUCAUACAUCUCCAGUUCACACUUUAUACAUUCUUGAUGAGAAUCGAUUUUGUUCAGGUUGUGAAGAAGGCUAUGUAAAAUUAUGGGACAAACGCAAGAAAGAUUCAAUUUUCUCUCUUAGAGCAAUGGAAGAUAUUGUUACUGCAAUGGUUUCUACUCCUCAAAAUAAGCAUUUAGCUGUUGCUUGUGGAGGAACAAUUACUUCAAUCAAUUUAAAUGCUCGAAAAAUUCAAGUUCAAUCUGAAGAGUAUGAACAUGAUUUUACAUGUCUUGGACUUUUCCGCCAUGAUUCAAAAUUAUUAGCUGGUUCAUCUAAAGGCACUAUGUACGUGUUUAAUUGGGGAGAGUUUGGACUUCAUUGUGAGGAGUUCACUGGAUCCAAACAGCCUGUGACCUGCUUAUUACCUGUAACAGAAACUGUGGCUGUUACUGGUUGGGAAGACGGUAAACUUAGAGCUACUCACCUGUUCCCUCACCAACCGCUUGGAAUAGUAGGACAGCAUGACUUUGAAGUGGAAUGCUUAGACAUUUCUAAUGAUGGCACUCUGGUAGCAUCAGCAGCUGCAGCUGGAGGUCAUAUCAAAUUUUGGAACAUUAAAUAUAUUGAGGAAGUAAAAAUAUCUUGCCAGAAGAAGAAGAAGAGGAAAUCAGAACUAAAUUUACCUUCAUCUACUGUACGCAAUAGGGGAGACUUUUUUUCUGGACUUGCAGGACCCAGUUAAUCAACUAAUUUAUGCUAUAAAAUGUUGUGAUGUUUUCUUAAUUAAUAAAAUUCCUAUGUACAAUCCAA